AUGUCCACCUCCGCGCCGUUGGGCGUCGAGCACGCAAACCGUUCCCGGUCGGAAACGGUCCUCUCCAUCGAUGGUGGCUGGCCGCCAAGGUCACCUCCACCUUGCCUGUCACCGUACGCUGGCUGGUCGCGGGCUGGCAACGGAACCGGGUACGGUCGGUUUGGUUCCAGGUCGGUUAUCCCAGGCCAACCGGCCUGGACGAGUGGUUCCAGUGGAGCGCUAGCCCGAACAAGCAGCCGCGAUGAGGUUAAACUGCACAAAAGCCUCGAAGAGAUCUCGAAGGACAUUCGCGAGCUGGAGGAUUUCAUCAGCGUGACCGAGGACAUCUUGCGCCGGGAACGCGAACAGGAUGAACAGCUGACGUUGCGGGAACGGCAGCGCAAGGCGGCGGAACGAACCAUGCAACUGAUACGCAGCAAAUGCAGUCCUACGAAGAAGUGCUUCAAUCGGACGGUCAGUUCGUCGCAGAACGGACAGAAAAAAGGAGUGCGUUCUCCGACCUACAAGGUGAACAUCACGCAAAAGCGUCGCAUCAAAUCGUUCAGUCCGAAGGGUGGCUACAAGUCCAAGCUUUACUUUCGAAACGGAAAGAUCGGUUGCCAGGAGGCGGAAAAUGCGGUGUCCAAUUUAAGGAGCACGCACGAGCUGGUCAAGCGCAUCAUCAACGAUGAGAGCAACAUGCUGGUGAAGCUGGAACAUCAGCAUUACACGAUGGGUGAGCAGGAUGGACUGGAAUCUCGGUCCAGUUCCGUCGAUACGCCUGUCGAGAGCUUGCAGAUGUGCGUCACGGAGUCAGCCGGGACGUCACUGUGCGAGGAUGAACCUCCGCCACCAUCAUCGCUGAUUCAAAGCUACCAAAAUGGGUCUGAAGCCCAAGAACGGCAUUGCGGAGACAGCGAUCUGCACCUUGACGACGCGAACGCAGUUUCCGUAGAACCGAUAGAAGAUAGACGAAAUUCGACGAGUCCUUUGGAAAUGGCGCCAGUAAAUGGGAACGAUUUCGUCACCGUAAGGCUGCGCCACCUGGCCAGCCGGUUCUCGGAACGUACGCGUAAAAUGCGCAGCAAGCUCGAGAUUCCUCCUACACCGUCCAGCAGUGCCAGUGCUCCUUCCACGGCUCCAUCCAUGCAGAAGCACAGCGUAAACCAACGAGCGAUACAAAACUCCGCCUUAACGCUUCAAUCGACCACCGAAACGGCCGGCUGUAGUCACUACCUGUUCUGUCCGAUCUUCUGCUGCGGUGGGCGCAGGGAUAACGUGCUCGAUCCGCAGGGAAAGUUCUACAUCGCGUGGCUGUUUAUCGUGUCCCUGUCGUUCCUGUACAACGCUUGGGUCAUACCGCUGAGAUCGUCCUUUCCGUAUCAAACGCCGGAAAACACCAAAUACUGGAUAGCGAUGGACAUCUGCGCGGACGUGAUCUACCUGCUGGAUAUACUGUUCGUGAAGCACCGGCUGAUGUACCUGUACGAGGGGUUCUGGGUGAAGGAUAAGAACCUGACGCGCAAGAACUAUAUGCGCAAGCUGCAGUUUAAGAUGGAUUUACUCGCGUUGGUUCCACUGGAUUUGCUGUACCUGCGCUUUGGAACCGAACAUGUCGUGUUUCGUGCACCGAGGCUCCUGAAAAUCCAAAGUUUCUGGGAGUUUUUCAAGCUAAUCGAUCGCGUAAUCUCAUCACCGCACAUUAUUCGCGUGGUCAAGACACUAACGUACAUGCUGUACAUGAUUCACCUGACAGCGUGUGCCUACUAUGCGUACAGCGCCUAUCAAGGGCUCGGCUCGAACCGGUGGGUCUUCAACAACAAGGGCCACGCGUACGUGCGGUGUUUCGCGUUUGCCACCAAAACGGCCACUUCGAUCGGCAAAAACCCAAAACCGGAGAAGGAAGGAGAACUGAUGUUCAUGACGGCCGCCUGGCUGAUGGGUGUGUUCGUGUUCGCCCUGCUAAUUGGCCAGAUCCGGGACAUCAUCGCGACGGCAACCCGGUCCAAGUCCGAGUACAAGCAGCUAGUCGACGAAACGCUGGAGUACAUGCGCCGGUUAAACCUACCAACGGAUUUGCAGCGACGCGUCAAAAUGUGGUUCACCUUCACCUGGGAACAGCAGAAGUGCUUGGACGAAACGCACAUCAUGGAUGCGUUGCCGGCGAAUCUCAAGACCGAUAUCGCCAUCUCGGUGCAUAUUCAAACCCUCUCGAAGGUGCAGCUGUUUGCCGAUUGUGAGGAGGCGCUAUUGCGCGAAUUGGUCCUGAAAUUGCGCUCCGUCACCUUCCUUCCCGGGGACUACGUGUGCCGGAAGGGUGAGGUUGGUAAGGAGAUGUACAUCGUAAAGACGGGCCAAGUGCAGGUCAUGGGAGGACCCCGAAACGACGUGGUGCUUGCGACACUCUACGAGGGGUCUGUGUUUGGUGAGAUAAGUCUGCUGGCGAUAAAUGGCGCUGAAGGGAACCGACGUACCGCUGAUGUCCGCUCGAAAGGAUUCUCGAAUCUGUUUGUGCUGUCAAAAUCGGACCUUAAUGAGGCCAUCGUGUACUACCCGAACGCUCAGGCCAUUCUGAAGAAGCGUGCCAAGAGCCUGAUGCGGAAGAACGCCGCCCGGGAAAAGGCGGAAUCGCAGCAAAGCAUCGACACAAAGGAUAGCGAGGUGGAUGUGGUCAUACGGAAUCCACCGGAUCCUCCCACCUCACCGAAGCUGCUUAAAACGGUCAUCCAGGCGCUUCCACACGAAUCCGCGGCCGUACAACUGCUGAUGCAGGGCUUUAAAACGCUCGAAACGGAUGACGGUGGUGCCAAGGAUGGCAUAGAAGAACAGGACGAACAGCUAGGCACGAUAGCGGAACCAAACCAGGAUGAAACGGCAUCGAUUCGUAGCGUCGAGAUCAAACACAUCACCGAGGUGCAGAUCGAGAACGAGAAGAACGUGGAGCUACCCUGCGAUUUGGUGUACAGCAUCAAGAAGGAGCUGAUGGAAAACAACAGCUACAUCAAUCUGACGGAUGCGGAAAAGUACAAGCUACUGCACGAACUCUCCAAGGAUGAGUACGACAGUCAGGAAAAGUCCCCCGUUUGA